AUGGUGGCAGUGGCAGCUGCAGGGAGUGGGAUGCCCAAAGAGGAGAAGGCUCCCGAAGGGGCAGCAGCAGCUUUGCAGUUCCAAUCCCUAAUGAGUGCACACUGCCUAGCAUUGGUGCUUGGAGCGGUAAAGGACUUGCUAAAGGCAGACUCUGAUGUAAUGCUGGCAGGUCAGGAAGCCAUCUUUAUCCUGGCGCGAGUUUUGGAGCUGUUUGUGGAAACUAUUGCAAAAGAUGCCUACUGCUGUGCUCAACAAGGAAAGAGGAAAACUCCCCAGAGGAGAGAUUUGGAUAAUGCAAUAGAAGCUGUGGAUGAAUUCACUUUUCUAGAAGGCACUUUGGAUUGA